AUGGCUUCUCCUUUGUCUUCUUCCACCGUCGUCUCUCACCGGAUUAUCUCCUUCCAUUCUUCGUCUCUUAAUCGCAGAUUCCUCUUUGUUAAACCCAAAUUACCGACCAGUCGAAACGAUUCCGGAGAUUUCCGCAUGCAAUUGCAUUCCACAUCAAGGAAGAUUGUCUCUAAGGAACUUAUACCUUCCUGCAAUACUUCGACUGAUUCGAAGUUGAACACUUUCGAAGCUGGAUCCAAAAACCUCGAGAAAUUGGUCGCAACGAUCCUUAUAUGUGUUCAAGUUUGGUCUCCAUUGCCUUUGUUUGGUGUAGACUCUGCUUACAUAUCACCUGCAGAGGCUAUUCUUUACUCUCCGGACACGAAAGUUCCAAGAAGUGGGGAACUUGCUCUAAGACGAGCUAUUCCUGCUAAUCCAAACAUGAAGUCUAUUCAGGCUUCAUUGGAAGAUAUAUCGUAUCUUUUGAGAAUUCCACAAAGAAAGCCUUACGGUACUAUGGAGAGCAAUGUAAAGAAAGCUCUAAAGGUGGCUACGGAGGAUAAAGAUUCCAUAUUAGCUAGUAUACCAGCAGACUUAAGAGACAAGGGCUCAGACCUGUAUGCAUCUCUGAUUGACGGCAAGGGUGGACUUCAAGCGCUUCUAACGUCUAUAAAGAAUCAAGAUCCUGAUAAAGUGUCAAUUGGCCUGGCAUCAUCAUUAGAUACUGUUGCGGAACUGGAGUUAUUACAAGCAUCUGGAUUGUCAUUUUUGCUUCCUGAACAAUACAAAAACUAUCCCAGGUUAGCAGGAAGAGGAACUGUAGAAAUCACCAUUGAGAAAGGUGAUGGUUCGACAUUUUCACCUGAAUCUGGGGGUGAUCAAAGAAAGAGUGCCACAAUCCAGAUCAUUAUAGAUGGAUAUUCGGCACCCCUAACAGCAGGGAAUUUUGCAAAACUGGUAACUAGCGGUGCAUAUGAUGGAGCCAAACUCAAUACGGUGAACCAAGCUGUAAUCACAGAGGAUGGGAAUGGUAAGGUGGAGAGUGUUAGUGUUCCAUUGGAACUAAUGCCUUCCGGACAGUUCGAACCUCUCUACAGAACCCCAUUGAGUGUCCAGGAUGGGGAGUUGCCAGUUCUUCCUUUAUCGGUUUAUGGAGCUGUAGCAAUGGCGCACAGCGAAAAAUCAGAUGAAUACUCUUCUCCAUACCAGUUCUUCUUCUACCUAUACGAUAAAAGAAACUCGGGCUUAGGAGGUUUAUCAUUUGACGAAGGACAAUUCUCGGUUUUCGGAUACACAACAUCAGGGAAAGAUAUUCUUGGGCAGAUCAAGACAGGAGAUAUCAUCAAAUCUGCAAAACUAAUCGAAGGCCAAGAUCGCCUUAUUUUGCCUACUCAGAACAACAACAACUCAUCCACUUAA